AUUACAAGCAACUGGACAGUGAAAUAAUUAAUCAGUAUGAACGUUAUACCAUGCGCAUAAAUUACAAGCAACGUUAAUUUUUGUUUGCCAAGCCCUGGAUAUAUCUAUGUUAUUAUCUUAAUCAGUAUGAACGUUAUACCAUGCGCAUAGAUCUGCGUAGCACGUUGCACCAUGUGCACUUGCACGGUUAACCCAGCGAUUAGGACGAGCCAUUAGAAGUAUACAUUUAAAAGUUAAAAGCAGCUAGUAUCAUAUAAGCCGAUGCACGUUGCACCACGUGCACUUGCAUUAAAAAGUUAAAAGCAGCCAGUGUCAUAAACUGAUGAACUAGAAGGGUUCGAGGAAACCCGUUUCGAGCACUCUCUUGUCCAGCCAAUACGUAAAUCAGUUAGGGGUUCUCUAAACGCAUGCUCACCUCAUACCAUCGACACUUGACCACUAGGCACUUACCAACCAAACAACAUCUCAAGCAAAAGAGGAGAGAAAACUCGCCAUGGAGCUCGCAACUGGUGCCAUGAGCUCUCUCCUCCCCAAGCUUGCCGAGCUCGUCGAGGGAGAGUACAAGCUGCAGAUUGGCGUGAAGAAAGACGUUGAGUCUCUGUCGAGGGAGUUGGAGAGCAUCGAGGUUGCUCUUGCCAAGGUCGCUGAGGUGCCGCUGGACCAGCUGGACAAGCAGGUCCGGCUCUGGGCUAAGAAUGUCAAGCAGCUGUCGUACGGGAUGGAGGAUAUCGUCGACAGCUUCAUGGUGCGCGUCGAGGGCUCCGAGCCAGACGCAGAUCUGAAGAGAUCCAAGAGAUUCAGAAAAAAGAUCGCCAACUUCUUCAAGAAAGGCAAGACUCGUCAUCAGAUCGCCGACAAGAUCCAAGAUAUCAAGGUCCGAGUCAAGGAGGUGGCUGACCUGCGUGAAAAAUACAAGGUCGACGAUGUCCGUGCUAAUCCAGCUGUCACAAACACCGUUGAUCCUCGCAUCAUUGCCCUGUUCAAGGAUCAGAAAGAACUCGUUGGCAUUGAGGAGCCAAGGAAUGAGGUAAUCAAGAGGCUGAUGAUGGAAGGGGAUGAUGACGGUUUGUUGAACUCCAGGAUGCAGCUCAAGAUACUCUCCAUCUUUGGAUUUGGAGGACUUGGCAAGACAACUCUUGCCAAAGCAGUCUAUGAUCUGCAACAAUCAAAUUUUGUUUGCAAGGCUUUUGUUUCAGUGGGUCAGAAUCCUAGUCUGAAGAAAGUUUUCAUGGAUAUUCUCCUCCAAGUUGAUGAGGCAGAGUCUAGUUCGAAUGCAUCCAUGUUGAACGAGGAGCAACUCAUCAGAAAGCUCCGAAGAUUUCUUGAGAACAAGAGGUACCUCAUUGUCAUUGAUGAUAUAUGGGACAAGUUUCCAUGGAAUAUAAUGAAAUGUGCUUUGAUUGAUAGUAACUGUGGAAGUAGAAUAAUCACAACAACUCGUAUAUUUAAAGUUGCCGAAGAGGCGGACGAUGUUUACAAGCAAAAGAAACUUUCUUCUGGUACAUCCAAGGAAUUAUUCUAUACAAGAUUAUCUAUUGGUAAAUGCAAAAUUACUUCUGGUCAACCGAUUGAGAUAUCUGAAAAGAUUUUACAGAAAUGCGGUGGUGUGCCGUUAGCUAUCAUCACAAUAGCUAGUCUGUUGGCCAGUAAACCAUGGGAGGAUUGGUCUGAGGUGUAUGACUCUAUUGGUUUUCGAGAUGGAGCUAACAUACACGUCGAGAACACAAGAAAGAUAUUGCUAUAUAGCUACUAUGACCUGCCUUGUUAUCUAAGGGCAUGUUUGUUGCACCUCAGCAUAUAUCCUGAAGAUCAUGAGAUUCGGAAGGACACUUUGAUAUGGAAGUGGGUGGCGGAAGGUUUUGUCCAUGAGAAACCAGGGAUGGGGUUAUUUGAGCAGGGAGAGAGGUAUUUUAAUGAACUUAUUAACAGAAGUCUGAUCCAGCCGGUGGAGGAGCCAUAUAAGAGCAUCAUAUAUGCUUGCCGUGUGCAUGAUCUGGUGCUCGAUAUGAUCUGUCGCUUGUCAAAGGAAGAAAAUUUUGUUACUAUCCAUGGAAGUAGUAACACAGAACACCAACCUUCACAAAGCAAUGUCCGUAGGUUAGCUCUUCAAAACAUAGCCAUGGACGAAGAGCCUAAUUCAGAUAACACAGAGAUACGGCAAGUGAGGUCAUUCAAUGCCAUCAUGUGUGAUGUCAAGAGAAGAUCAUUUCUUUCAGGCUUCCAAGGCUUGAGAAUUCUUUCUAUGGAAAGAUGUACUUUUAUAAAUGAUGGUUCUUGUCACCUUGAGAAUCUUGGAAGGCUGCUUCAGCUGAGGUACCUUGGGCUCUUGGAAACACGUAUUACGGAACUCCCAGAAGAAAUAGGCAACCUGAGGUUUUUGCAGGUACUGGACUUGUGGGACACUGGAAUAAAAGAGCUGCCAGAGAGUGUCGGUCAGUUGAGGCGGCUAAAGUGCCUGCGUCUUUCUCGUGGUUUCAAAGGAGCACUGGGCUGGAUCGGUAACCUGGUGUUGCUAGAAGAGCUAUUUUUGCCCUAUGUCUCCUUGGAAAUUGCGAAAGAACUAGGCAAGCUGACAGAGUUGAGAGAGUACGGUGCUCUGUUGGGAGAGUCCGAUGACGCCUUAGUUGAUACUAGUAUACUGUUCAAUAAUAUGAUGGAAUCUCUAGAACAUCUGCAGAAGCUCCAAGCCAUACAAGUUUUUUUCUCGUGGCGGCGUGUUGACCAAGCCAAUCGCGAAGGCUACGUGCUCUCUCGGCACCUCCGUCGUCUGAAUCUGCAGGUCACAAUUGAAAAGCUGCCGGCGUGGAUCAUUUCGUCAAGCCUGCCGAACCUCUCUCACUUGACGAUGGCACUGGUUGCCGUGGAGGCGCAGGAUAUGGAGGUCCUCGGGAGCUUCCCAGAGCUCGUUUCCCUCAGCCUGCUGACUGAUCCUGACGUCAUCAUUCCUGACAUCAUGGGCGGCGGUGCGUACCCAAAGCUAAGAUACUACUCAACGACUGCAUCUGCCAGGUUCCUGCAGGGAGCCAUGCCCAGCCUUGAAUGUGUCCAGUAUUACAUCGGCGGCGAGCGCAAUGGCGCCAAGUUUGAGCGUGACAUUGCUAGCAUCGGGAACCUCCCUUGUCUUGACAGAGUCCAAGUAUUUUUCGAUUGUGCGAGUGGCACGCGGGAGAAGGGAGAGGCCGCGUUGAGGCAGGCAGUCGAGGUCCAUCCCAACAAUAUCCGCGUUGAGAUCUGAGGUUAGUUGUCUUACUAGCUCGAUCUUGGAUUCUUGGGGGAAGUAUUUGUGAUCUAGCUUGUUGCCAGCGAAGCGUCCGAUUCCAAUCAGGUGCACCAAGAGAAACGGCGCAGUGCAACACAGGAGGACGGAACCACCAUCUUGAGAAAGUCGAGGCACACCCAAACUACCUGGAGAUUUUGUCAAGCAGCAAAACAUGGCCACGUUGUGUCAAGUACUAAAAUAAUGCAGUUAUUUUAUUGGUGACAAUAUCUUAUUUGAACUAUUUUGUAAUCCCUUAUCAAUUCAAGAUCUUAUUAGAACCGCUUUUGCAAUCUUUUAUUGAUGUAAGAUCAGGCACACCCAAACUACCUUAAGAUGGUACUUUUGUAAUGCAGUUAUUUUAUUUGAACUAUUUGUAAUGUAUUUUGGUCAGAUUUAGGAUCUACUUGUUGGAAUGAUGAUGCUACAGCACCUUACUAAGCUA